UCAAAAAGGACAAGUCAGACGGUUGGAGUAAGGCAGGAAAUCAAGUAUAAAUAACCAAGAGGAGAAACAAGAGGCGCUUGAGGCCUCUUGAUCCCUUGAUUGUUGCCUGACGAUUGGACCUCAAGUUAUCUCUACAGCUAUUCUCAGCAACAGUUGGCCACUAAAGCGAAUGUCAUGGCGCUCAAGACCACAGGCAUCUUUUCCAAAUGGUGUCUCCUCCUAGCGCUGUGGAUAGUUUUGUUACCUUCAACAGGAGCGGAUCCAAGGUUUCGUGGGUAUUGGUUCCGUAAAAGGACUACUCCAACGACGACUACAACCACCACCACCACCACCACAACAACAACAACAACCACAACCACAAAAAACCCUACAACAACCACAACCACCACAACCACCACAACCAUCAAAACCACAACGACGACAACGACGACAACGACAAAGAGCACUAUAACUGCAAUAUUGACUUUGCCGCCCUCGAAAAUCUUUCAGCCACAGAAAAAUCGUCGUUUCACGGAACAAGACAUUUCUCUAUCAACUCAACCUUCCAUAAGGCAAUCUCAGAGAGAAGACUUGAUUGCUACAAUGAAACCUCAAUUGAUAACCUCUCCAAACUACCCAGAUGAUUACGACCAUAAUGAUGAACAGUUAUGGCACAUUAAGGCAAUAGGAGACGAUUACAGAAUUCGCUUGGAGUUCCUGGAUAUUGACUUACAAAGGGCGGAUCCAAGUCGGGGACCAAGUGGAGAUCAACUGACUGUGUAUGAUGGCUCGGAUCAUGAGAAGGAAUACUUUCAAAUGGACCCUCAUUUCAAGAUUGGAACGCCGUUGUAUUCGAGAGUCAACGAUCUAACCGUUCAUUUCAAAACUGACCAACGAGGAUCUCGGAGAGGCUUCAAGGCUCAGUUCCAAAAAGUGAGGCGAGGAUCGACUUGCAGUUACAUGCACAGUCUGGUGAACUUGGUUGGUAAUGAUGGGCAUGGGACCAUGUACCUAGAGAGCCCAGAUUUUGGAGGGGUGGGCCUCUAUUUCCCUUACUUGGAAUGCAUUUGGAACAUAACUGUGCCUGCGGACAAACGCAUCCGAUUGGACUUCUUAUCACCGGUGGAGACGAAAGAUCAACAGGAUUUCUUGUCGGUGGUCGAGAACAAUCGCACGAUAUACAACAUCACGGGUUACGUGGAGCACCCUAAGACCCUCAUAUCGCAAAGCAACCAUCUCCAAGUGCGUUUGACGACUUUGUUCUUCCAUCGUCGAAGUGGAUUUUAUGCCCAAGCUCAAUUAGUUGAUCCCAAACAAUCUCCUCCAAUUUUGACCAACAUUGAGAAGAGAGUUUUGGGCUUAAAUACGAUUCAGCCCACUACGACCCCACCACCAAUUGGGCCUUUUAAUUUGUUCAGUUUGAUCAUGGCCGAUCCUAAUAUUCUUGCCCAGAAUCCCCAACUUCUUGAGCUCCUCAAACACACACGCUUUCGUUUUUGAGUCGAUUUUGUGUGACUUCUGAAAUAGAAUAAACUGCAUUGAACAAAACAAUUUUGGAACGACAAUAAGUAAUUGGCAGGGCUUGUAUAACUUUUUUAGUAACGUUAAUGGUAACGCGUUACUUUUCUGAAAAAGUAACAGUAACGGUAACGGAACGGAUUUUAAGUCCUACCCUUACCGUUACUUUUUUCUUUUGUAAACGAGGGAAAAAAAUGUGUAAA